UUUCGUGCAUCUUUCCACAAGAUUUGGCUAAACCUGUUUCAUGCAUGUCCACUGGAGGCAGGUUUGACUUUGAUGAUGGGGGGUCGUACUGUGGAGGGUGGGAACAGGGCAAGGCUCACGGCCGAGGGGUUUGUACGGGCCCACAGGGACAGGGGGAAUACGCCGGAGCCUGGAGCCAUGGGUUCGAAGUUCUUGGAGUUUACACUUGGCCCAGUGGGAACAGUUACAGAGGAACCUGGGCUCAGGGAAAGAGGCAUGGCAUUGGCGUGGAGAGCAAAGGGAGGUGGGAGUAUAAGGGCGAAUGGACACAAGGGUUCAAGGGAAGGUAUGGGAAGUUGGAAAGCACUAGUGGUUCCCGAUACGAAGGCACCUGGAGCAAUGGAUUACAAGACGGAUAUGGAUCGGAGACCUACUCGGAUGGAGGCACAUACCAGGGCCAGUGGUUGAGCGGGAUGCGUCACGGUUAUGGAGUGAGACAGAGUGUGCCUUAUGGCAUGGCAGCCAUCAUCUUCUCCCCGAUGUGCACCUCCAUAAACUCCCUACGAUCCGAUCACAGCGAGGGAGCCCCGACUCCAGAAGAUGGCUCCGGUGUCAGUGGCGUAUCUGGCAGUCCGGUGGGGCGAAGUGGCUUCGUACUCUGUGCUCACAGUGAAGCCGACAGGCAUAGAAAGAGGAAAGGCCGAUUCCGACAGUCUAUACUCAGUGGUUUAAAGUUGCGAAGGUCCGAGUCCAAAAGCUCUCUGGCGAGCCAGUUAAGCAAGCAGAGCUCGUUCUGUAGCGAGGCCGGUAUGAGCACCGUCAGCUCCGCCGCCUCAGAUAUUAACUCGAACAUCAGUUUAGGUGAAGCAGAGGCAGGGGGAAGCGUAGAUGCCACUGUCACCGAAACGUACGCUGGCGAGUGGAGGAAUGACAUGCGAUCGGGUUGGGGUGUAAGUCAUCGCUCGGAUGGGCUUCACUAUGAAGGUGAGUGGUUUGGGAACAAGCGGCACGGAUAUGGUUGCACCACCUUUCCUGAUGGAACCAAGGAAGAGGGGAAAUACAAGCAGAAUGUUCUGGUGAGUGGCAAGCGGAAAAACCUAAUACCACUCCGGACCAGCAAGAUCCGGGAAAAGGUGGAUCGUGCCGUGGAAGCGUCCGAGAAAGCUGCGGAUAUAGCCAAGCAGAAGGCAGAGAUCGCAUUGUCCAGGAUGAGCCACGCCCGAGGAAAGGCCGAGGCUGGAGAGGGAGUCGCACUGAGAGCCCUGGAGGAGUGUCGUCUGGCCCGGGCUAUAGCCAAAGAACUGUCCCCCUCUUUCCAUCACUAUGGGAACGGACUGGAGUGCCAGAGACCGAAGCAUCAGGACCGGAAAGAGAAAGACCUGGAGGGGGUCUCCACUGGGACAGACAGUCUUGAGCUCUGCACACCAGACACAACACCCCCGGCCCAAACGCCUGACCUGAGCCCGGUUCUGAGUAGCCCCUCCUCACCCCCCUGCAGUCCACCUACUCAUCGCACUAGGAACGCUUGUUUCAUGCGGCAAAGUGCUGUGGACGAACAAGGAGGGGCAGAGAUUCAGGUUCUAGUCGAAGGUAGAGGCAUGGACACCAUGAGAGCUGGGGCCAACAACUGGACUGCUGAGAUGUAUCCUCACAGAAGAGGGAGCAAAGGAGAAAGCAGUCGCUCCACAACGCCAUCCCUUCUGGAAGAGGAGAUCGGUCACAUAAAUGGACAUGAGAACUCCUCAGCUCAUCACCCAUGGGAGAACGGCUCCUCGAAUCACAAGCCCAUUGAGCAUAUGGCCCCUGAGAAGGUCUGGGAUCAAAUGUCCUCCGGUCAAAAGCCCUGGAAGAAGCAUGUUUCCUUAAAUCAAAAAUCCAAGGAACAUACCAUUUCCAGGAAACAAGAACGGGAGCAUAAACCAUCCAAUCACAAGUCUGUUGAUUGCGACUCUUCCAAGUUCAAACCACAGGUGCACAUAUAUUCCAAUCACAAGUCCGCCGGUCAUAACUUAUCCAAUCACAAGACCAAUGAGCAUGCUUCCUCCAAUCACAAACCAAAGGAGUUUAUUUCUGCACACGAAAAACCACACGUUUCUUACCAUUAUAACCCCCAAGAGCAUGUUUCCUCCUAUCACAAACAACACGAGCAUGUCCACUCCAACCACAAGCCAAGAAAGUCCUUUACUAAUCAUGCGAUUGGUGAGUCUAGCUUGAAUGCAUACCAGCUGUCAGAUCGUGAAGCCAACAACUCCACUCUGGAAUGGACUGUUGAAAACAAUUCCCAGUGGAUCUCUUCCCAUUCACAUCUGCAGGAGAAAGAAGGGGAAAAUGAUUAUCGGGUUGACAUGAGGUUCCAGCCCCUAGACUCCGUUUCCCAACAGAACUUUGGCUCUGGCACGAAAUGCUCGGGUCCCCAAGGGCACAAUUUGCAGAGACUACGUCAACGAAACCACGAAGGCAAAGAAUGGGGUCUUGCAGCCAGGGAAGGUUCGAUGGACUCUGUGCAGAUGCUCGACACCUUGAAUGUUGGGGUUGACGUGGAGGAAUGGCCUUUGCACAGGGACAUUACUCUUUCACCCCCUUUAACGUCUUCUCCAGAACCACUGGACCAAGAACUAGAGCAUCUGAACCUGAUAAAGGCAAACUCAGGCUCCAGCUCUAUCCUGGUGGUCUUGGUGAUAUUACUCAACAUCGGUGUAGCCAUUUUGUUCAUUCAUUUCUUUAUUUAAUCAAAUGGCCUAUAGAAUGUCAAUAACAGCAUUGAUCAAGAGUAAGAUAUGCACACAAUGCACACUUAGCACCACUUCUUAAUAUAAGGAACCCAAAAAUUACAGUAGUAAAUGUCUGUGUAAGUUGGGCAAGUCCAUGUAAAUUGUAAACUUCUUUUAUGGUUCGAUUUAUUAUAUAAUUCCAUUAUAAUCCAUUAGUUAACUUUGCUUACUUUUUUCCUCCAUUCAUUCACAAUAAAGGUCCAUUUACAAUAUUCUGUAGAACUGAAGUAUUACGCACAUUUAGGUUUUUAAUAUACGGCUCGUCUGAUAUGUUUUACCACAGUUACAAAAGGUUAUUUCACCUUUUUUCUUUUCAAAUGCACACCAGGCCUGAGACAUUAUUGAGUAGCGCGAUUUUGAAGAUUAAAGACGGUCUUGUGGUUUUAUGUACUAUGAUAUAGUUGAUGUAAGGUGCAGUUCACACUAAUAUAUAACCACCUCCCACUGUAUUCCAGGGUACAGCCCUAUAUGAUCGCUGCAUACACUCAUCGCAUCAUCCAUAUAAAACAACUUUCUCAUCUACAUACCCA